UUUGCAUUGGUGCUUUGGAGAACUUUUCUGCUUACUACUGCUCUACAAUAAUUUUACUUUUUCAUCCUGUGAUAAUUUUUUUAUUGAACUCUGGGGUCCAUUAGGGCACAGCUUGAGUGUGGAAUGGCUGAACUGGUGCGAAUCCGUAAGAAACGGCUGCAGAUCCCCAUCUCUAGGCUGAGGAGUGUGCUGAAACAGCUGGAGGAGAAAGAUGUCGACUAUGAGGAAAUCAAAAAGAAUCUGGAUUUUACAGCUUCGUUACUGGAGGCCGUUUACCUCGAUGGAUCAAGGCAGUGCUUGGAGUCUGAGGACGACCUCCAGCAGCUGCAGUCAGACGGGGUGCCUUCGGAAGUCACUGAUUGGCUGGCAUCCACCUUCACCCAGAGGGUUCGACGCCCAGUGCGACGCUCAGACGAGAAGCCCAAGUUCCGCAGCAUUGUGCAUGCAGUGCAGGCUGGGAUAUUUGUAGAGAGGAUGUUCAAGAGGGCCUACACAGCAGCCAUGCCAGACCAACCUGCAGAGGUCGUAAAUUGCCUCAGGGAUGUUGACCGCUGGAGCUUUGACGUGUUUGCUCUGAACGCAGCCAGCUCUGAUCAUGCACUACGAACUCUGUUUUUUGAACUGAUCACUAGAUAUGAGCUCAACAGUCGCUUCAAGAUCCCCAUCUCAUGCCUGACAGAGUUCCUGUCUGCAGUUGAGAGAGGAUACUGCAAACACAAAAACCCAUACCACAACCAUGUUCACGCUGCUGACGUGACUCAGACAAUGCACUGCCUGCUACUGCGCUCUGGACUUGUGCAUUGGCUGACAGAGCUUGAGGUGAUGGCGGCGCUAUUUGCCGCAGCCAUCCAUGACUACGAACACACAGGAACCACAAACAACUUUCUCAUCCAUACAAAGUCAGAGUUUGCAUUGAUCUACAAUGACCGGUCGGUGCAGGAAAGUCAUCACCUGAGUGCAGCGUUCCGCCUGCUGCAGGACGACCAAAUGAACAUCUUCAUUAAUUUGACACGAGAGGAAUGGAUGGAGCUGAGAUCACUUGUUAUAGAGAUGGUGCUGUCCACAGACAUGUCCUCCCACCUACUCCAAGUUAAAGCAAUGAAGUCCUGUCUACAACAACAAGAACGGAUUGACAAGCCCAAAGCACUGUCUCUGUUACUCCACACUGCUGACAUAAGCCAUCCGUCCAAACCCUGGGUACUGCACUCUCGGUGGACUAAAGCCCUGAUGGAGGAGUUUUUCAGGCAGGGUGAUAGAGAGGCGGAGCUCGGCCUGCCCUUCUCUCCUCUGUGUGAUCGAAAAAGCACCCUGGUAGCUGAGUCCCAGAUUGGUUUCAUAGACUUCAUUGUGUAUCCUACAUUCUCUCUGCUGACGGACAUGGCCGAAAAGAUUGUUAUUCCUUUGGUGGAGGAGAACCCAGGUCCACCAGACCCCUGCAACAGACACAGUAAUCUUUGGAAAGAGAGCUCCAGAGGUCUGCAGUGGAGUUUGGCCCACAUCACAGCUGAGCUGGUGAGCUUUCGCUCUAUAUGGACACGACACACUGAAGACAACAAGCUCAAAUGGAAGGAGUGUGGCUCCAAUGGAUUUUCAGAUCCCAGUGUGACAAAAGAGCAGAGAGCCAGACAAGCGGACCUGUCAGAAAAAUCCCUGCAAGACCCCAGUAAAGAUACAAAAUAGUAGAAAGGACUGUGUUUUUUUCAUAGAAUAUCUACAAAGGUUAAAUGAGGUUAACAUAGAGUCACUGUUUGUAAUAAAACCACAAUGCCUUCUCAUAUCAUAAUUGAGGGAGUCAGAGGCGAGGAAGCAAAGAUGUAGGAGGAGGAAGGGUGGUUUAAGUUCAUCUUCCCAAGGUAAGAUGCAGAAAAUGUCCUCAUGUCUUAUUUUUAGUGUAGUAUACUGAGAUAAUUUAAUUGCAAAGUGUACAUGCUGGCCAUGUUAUACAGUACAAUCCAUGUCAUUAAUUUAAUUUGCCACCUAAACACUUGUGAGGAACAUUUUACCUUUUGUAGUUUGAACUGUACACCGAUCACUUAAUCAUGCAUUGAAAUUUAAAAAUAUGUUGUUGUUUUUGAAGUUUGCUAUUGAUUCAUUAUAGGGCUGGCCUUAUUAUGAGGGGAUAUGGUGUCUUGUUUUUUUAUUAAAACAUAUGAAAAAUUCAACUGCAAGGUCAAGGAUCCUGAUCUUUGGCUGAAUCCCAUUUGCUUGACUUGCAUAAUUUUAUCCCCUUUAAAGUCUGCAAAAUAAGUUACAGCACAUCCAGUGGCCUUUUCAAAAACAACUAUAUAAUACAUACAAAUAUGCAGAUCAGUUCUGCAGUUUUCUGACAAAACAGUGCACAUUUUACUUAAAAGGCCAACUUCUGAGAUAUUUUAGCCUGUCUAGAUACGCAAUGUCAAAUUGAUGUUUAGCCAUAAGAAGUGGUGUUUUUGACAUUUCUUCAGUUUGGUUUUAUAAAGUAAGUUUUAAAACAACAUUUAGACCUUUACAUUUGGAAAUUAAGUUACAGAAAAUAUAACUGAACAUUUAAAGAGACCCUUGUUCGAAGAUGUAAAAAAUUGAGGCAGCAGAGGACAAGACAUCCUGACUGUUAGUCCUUUAUAUGGCUCAGGUUCCAAACCAUAAUGCGCAUCCCAUAUCGCAACUGAAAAGCAUCUUUUGUUGGACCUUCCUUUGACUUUCACAUAACGGUGUAGUGCCCACUUAAACCAAUUAAGCCAAUGCCCAGAAAAUCAAUUAUUUCUAUUCUCUGCUCUCCCAGCAGGAGGGGCUGUAAGUGAAGUGAAGAAGAGAAUUAGCUCCAGGGUUGCCCAGAGGGUUCAGCUUCAAACCUAAUUUCUAUCUUUUUUUUUUUUUUGGCAACUUGUAAUUGCAUCCUCAGCUUUCUUCAUAUCAGGGCAGAGUGGAAAAAUGAAAGCUUUUCUACAUUCAAAUCAGCUGGUUGGAUGUAAAUUAAUAAAUAGCACAACAAUAAUUGAAGACACAGCCCUGUGUCUUCUGUUAAAUGUGCAUGAUCUGAGCUGUGCAUGCAGUGCACACACAACUUCACCCCGACCUCCAACACACACAUAUACAUAUCAGUAUAAAUGCAUUAUACAAAACAGGCAUGACAUUUAUUGUAGUAACUGUGUUUAAAAGAAAAACACUAAUCUUGCUACUUUACACAUGCAUACAAUGUUUGAGGUAUUUUUAGCAUCUCAUCACAAAAGCAAAAGACCCAUAUGAUGUUCAAAUUAUUUUGAAGAUACAGACAUCCUUCCCUAAACCAGUGUGAAUUCAAAACCAUAUUGUUUGUUUUCUCAGAGUAUCUCUCACCCAAAUAUAGAAAAUCAAUCAAAACAGCAACUGUAUACUUUACUCUUAUGGGUUUAUACAACAGCAACACGAGGUGAUGAUUGCAAAAUUCUUUCACAGCAAAAAGUUCCAAUAGAAGUGAUCAAUCUCACUCACGCUAGCUUUAAAGUCAACUGGAAGAGUCUAUAUCACUUGAAGCUUAACUUGCAGUGGGACAAAAUAUAUUCAUGGAAAACAGUCCUGUUUAUGAAAAAUGUAUGCAUUUUUAUGCUUCUGGCCCCUAGUCCAUUGAAUUAUUUAUUGGCAGAGUGCUUAUUUUUAGCAUAUAGUUAAAGUCAACCUCAACCAAACACGAACAGUGUGCAGUGAUGUCAAGACACUGUAGAUUUAACUUGAGGUUUUUGGAGAUUUGCCCUAACGUACCCCUUCUUUGACAUUUUAAAAGCAAAGUAGAUCCUGCUUUGGACACUCAAGAUGACAGGUAAUUAUGUGCUGACUUUAUGUUGACACUGAUAGUCAAAC